AUGACUGAUAAUAGCGCAACAAUGGUUAAUGUUGUACCACAAGAAGAGUCUGUGGAAGCUGGUGACCAACAGAUGACCAAAAUUUCAGCAAAAUCAGUAAGAGGAAAGUCAGAAACUGUACGAAUAACUGAUGAAAGCUUUAAUAAUGAUUGUAUAGAGGUGGAUGAAAUGGAAGUAAGCAAAAUCGCUGAUGAUAUGGUUAAAAAAUUGCUUACAUAUGAUAAAAAUGAAAAGAAAAAUGAUGCAAAUGAAAUUGAAGAUAAUCUGCCGAUAACAUCGGAAGAGCUUGAAGAGAUGGAAUUACUUCGUGAGAUUGCCAAAAGAUCUUUAGAAUCAUUUAAAAAUAUGAAAGAUGUACCGGAUGCUAUUGCAAAAAUUUAUUAUAAAGAUAUUGCUCGUCGUUGGAAGGAAUCAGAGGCACGUAUCAAAGAAACUGAAGAUUUACUGUCAAAUGUAAAAUAUGAAGAUCGUUCACUAGAGGAGGAUCGUUUAGAAAUUCUUGGAGAAUUAUUAGAUAAAGCAACACAAUCAUUCGAAAUUUUUGAGGAGCAUGAAAAUCGUAAAGUACCAUAUGGUCAUCGAAUUGUUCUUGAAGCAAAAUUAUUGAUAGUUUUUAACAAUGCUAUCAAUCUUAUUUACAAAACUAUUGGUGAAUUUGAUAAAUUGAAAGGAGAUCAAGUGGGUGUAAAUGAUGAAAGAGAUCAACUUCGCUAUGAAAUUCGCUAUUGUGAUGCGGUCUAUACGGAAGUGCAUGAACGUUUCCUGAAAUCCUAUUUGGAAAUGGAAUGGUGA